GCUUCGGGAGAGGCAGGACUCAGAGUCAGUAACAACGUGGCCAGGAGCGCACAGACCACAGGGAUCCUGUUAAACACUACCUCGGGGAACAAAACUGAGAAGGCUAAUUAGGACAGGUCACCACAGGGAACCGGGACGCGGGGAGGGGAACCCGCGAUGUAAGAAACUCGGGCGUGGGGUAGUCAGGCCGACAAAGCCACAGGCCAACAGUCCGCAGGGGUUCUGGACUCAGUCCACAGAGUUAGGGGCGCGCGCCGUGGCAUUCCCUCGUGAUCUUGGAGACUGGACUCUCGGGGAAGGAUCACGCACGAAAAAGCCGGCGCUCAGUGUGUGCUUGUGUCCACGUGUUCAAGCUCGCGAGGGGAGAGGGCGCGGAAGCCGCGACAAAGACGGACUUUGUGUCUUAGUGUGUUCCUCGCUCCAGCCGGGAGCAGCGAACUGUGCCAGGCAUGUGUCUCAUGGGAAAGACAGGACGAAAGUGACAAUGGUUGGGUGUCUGUCACGGGGAGACGCGCCAAGGUGGCCACCGUGCGUCCGUGGGUGCGUGCGAUCACUGGGAGAUGCAGCCUAGGGGUGUACUGGACUGCAUCCCCGAACCGCUUUCGGGAGAGAAAGGCGAGUCCAGAAAGUGAGUACGCGCAAGUGCGCGCGCGCCCGCGUGCGGGGGCGUGGCAGUAAACAGCAACAACUCACUCCUCCGUUUGGCCAGAAACUCCGAUCGCCCUUCCCAACCCGAAAGUGCGCGUCGGCCGAGCCUGGAGGGACCCAGCUGAAGCCUGGCCUGGGAGCCAGGAUGGCCACCCACAAAACCCUGCUCGUGUGCCUAGGACUGCCUCUCUUCUUCCCAGGAGCCUUGGCCCAGAAUCAUGCCCCACCUGGUUGCAGCCCAGAUCUAGAUCCCCUCUACUAUAACCUUUGUGACCGCUCGGGGGCCUGGGGCAUUGUCUUAGAGGCAGUGGCUGGAGCGGGCAUCAUCACUACAUUUGUGCUAACCAUCAUUCUUGUGGCUAGCCUUCCGUUUGUGCAGGACACUAAGAAGCGGAGUCUCCUGGGGACCCAGGUGUUCUUCCUGCUGGGCACCCUGGGUCUCUUCUGCCUCGUGUUUGCCUGCGUGGUGAAGCCGGACUUCUCCACCUGUGCCUCUCGACACUUCCUCUUUGGGGUCCUGUUUGCCAUCUGCUUCUCCUGCCUGGUAGCCCACGUCCUUUCCCUCAACUUCCUAGCCCGGAGGAACCAUGGGCCCCGAGGCUGGGUGAUCUUCACCGUGGCUCUGCUGCUCACCCUUGUGGAGGUCAUCAUUAACACUGAGUGGCUGAUCAUCACCCUGGUACGGGGAGGUGGCCAGGUCAGCCCCCAGGGCAAUGGCAGUGCCAACUGGACCGUGACUUCUCCGUGUGCCAUCGCCAACAUGGACUUUGUCAUGGCUCUCAUCUACGUAAUGCUGCUACUGCUGGGGGCCUUCCUGGGAGCCUGGCCCACCUUGUGUGGCCGCUUCAAGCGCUGGCGGAAGCACGGGGUCUUUGUACUGCUCACCACAGUCAUCUCCAUCGCUAUCUGGGUGGUAUGGAUUGUCAUGUACACCUACGGCAAUGAGCAGCGCCAUAGCCCCACCUGGGAUGACCCCACGCUGGCCAUUGCCCUUGCUGCCAAUGCCUGGACCUUUGUGCUCUUCUAUGUUAUCCCUGAGGUCUCCCAGGUGACCAAACCCAGCCCAGAGCAGAGCUACCAGGGGGACAUGUACCCAACCCGAGGGGUGGGUUAUGAGACCAUCCUGAAGGAGCAGACGGGCCAGAGCAUGUUUGUAGAGAACAAGGCUUUUUCUAUGGAUGAACCAGCCUCAGCAAAGAGACCGGUGUCACCUUACAGUGGCUACAAUGGGCAGCUGCUGACCAGCGUGUACCAGCCCACCGAGAUGGCCCUGAUGCACAAAGGCCCGUCUGAAGGCGCAUACGACGUCAUCCUCCCACGGGCCACCGCCAACAGCCAGAUGAUGGGCAGUGCCAACUCAACCCUGCGAGCGGAAGACAUGUACAUGGUCCAGAGCCACCAGGUGGCCACACCACCAAAAGACGGCAAGAUCUCUCAGGAUCAGUCCCCGACUAAUAAAACAAGAUGGUAGAUGCCCUCUUCCCUGGACCACACCUCAUCCGGAUCCCUCAUUGCUCUGCAUCCAGCUGAGCAGGGCCCAGCAGCUUUCCCACCUUUGUCUUUGAAGCUGGGAGGGACCAGAGGCCUCCAAUUUGAAGCAGUGAACUGAGUGGGGACCUUGGGAUAGGCCUGAAGCAUGUGACUGGUGCUCAUAGAGACACCGGUCCGUUGCCCAUCCCAGCCUCCUGGUACCCAAGAAACCGCAGCUACAGGGAGUUCACUGAUGACUCCCAUCUCCUGCCUUAACACAUCCCUCAGGUCACAGAGUCUGUGUCCCCAUGUGGUUCUCUAGGUUAUUGUCCCACUGUGAACGUCAGGUGUGUGCCGGACCUUCUUGGCUAUGUUGGUAACCUGUCGGUGUGACUCACAGUGCAUGUCAGGUGAAUCUUUGUGAAUCUCUGGAGACAAGCCACACAACAGAAGUUGUCCCUUGCCCUAUUUAGUGCCUGCUGCACCUUCUAGACUGGAAGGUCACCAGCUAGGAUGGGCAGGCUGUUUCUCAUGACCUGAGGGUCCCAAGUCCCAGCACCUUUGAACCUGAACUGAGUCUACUAUACCUUCAGUGGGUCGUGUCCCCUCACCAGGGCAGGGCCAGUCUGCCUGUUCUGUCCUCCCCACUGCCCAUCACCAUUGAAGAUGGCAGUUACACUCGUUCCACCUGAGGAAGCUUUUGUUGUCCAGCCCUGCUGAACCCACUUUACGAGUUGAAGAGCCUGUGGGCCACAGAGGUGCUACGGCUUUGCACCAUUUCAAUAUCUCAGUUAAUGCCCUGGCUGAAUCUCUCCUAGUCUGCUUUUGGCUUCCGUGCCAGCUCCGGGGGUACUUCCUGGGACAGGUGCAGAUGGGGAUGUCUCUGAAUUACCCAGAUCUCACAGAUUCUGGAGGCACCUGCUUGGGCUACCAGGACAUACAUGAUUGGGGUUUGGUAGUUCCCUUAGGAGACAGUGGGUGGAAGUCAGGGCUGCAUUCUCAGGGUGAGUUGAACCUUCCCUGUGUCCGACUGGUGGGAUGUGGGGUCCAGGUCUGUAGAUUGCUUAUGGAAAGAUGUCUUAAGUUUCUACCUCAGCUUGGGCAGCAGAUGUCCUUGGGACAGCGGGAUGUGCUUUGCUGCUUUCAUCAUUAGAGAGUGUCCUUGGCCUUAGGACAUGCAGCCGAGGGACCCAAUGGCCACCCAGGACAGAGAAGGCCAUUUUCAGGCCUGCAAGCUAUUGACACCAAUGGCUGAGAUGGUGUCAUGGUACCAGACCCUGGACUCGAGAUCUCCAGAGCAUCGUUCUUUGUUCUACUCUUGGGUACCAGACAGAGCCCCUUCUGGGAUCCCCCAACCCUCUGCAAGUGUGCUAACCUGGCCCUUAGCCCAGUCCUGCUUCGUGCCAAGGUAGAAGUAAAGAUGAGUGGAUUCCCUGGAGGGCACCCCAUGCCUAGCUCUCAUGCUGUCCCCAGCAGCCUGUGCCUUUUCUCAUUGGGUAUAUCCCACAGAGUAGGACUAUACCUCUGAAUGUGACUCCUCCUGCCUUGACCUCUCUUCUGAAUGAGGAUGCUCAAUCCUUCCACAAGGGAACGGGGUCUCCAUGCAUCUAGAGCUCCAAGAUCUGCCUCAGUAAGCAAGGGGAAUAGUUUGCUAUCUUAAGUGAGCCCUUUAGGACUCAGAAAGCCCCGCAUCCCUAGGUGUGUAGUCUGUGGUGGGUGUGCCUGUGUUUAUAGCCCAAGUCCUGCCUGCAGCUGAAGCGGAGGAGUGAUGGGCUUGGAGGAUGCAGGCCUGCCCGGAUUUGGGAGUACUCAUGGUUACCCUGUGUGGUAACCCUGCGUCUUUUGGUUCCGGUUUCAUUGGAGAAGUACUUUUCUUUCUUUCUUUUUUUUUUUAAGGAGGGUUGGGGGCCUCCCAAUUAACAGCUCUGUAUCAUACAUGAGCCUUAAAUGGGAGCUGUCAAGUAGAUCCAGGCUUGUUCCAAGCUCAUCAUUUGCAGGCCACUAUCCCUUGAUAGGUGUCACACUGACACUGAUAAAUCCUGUAGUGGAUGUAAAGGGAGGUUCAACCUUGUAACUACUCAGAAUUAAAUGACUGCCCUUUCUUUGUGAGGGGUUACUGCCUCUGUUCCUGUGUGUUUCUAAGUGAUUGUGGAAUGUCUGUCAGCUGGCUCUGCCUGCCUCUCUCUCCCCAUCCCCCAUCUCUGCUACAACCGCAACAGCUGUUUGAUUGCAACUAACUAACUUCUCUCUAGUUAGAGACUUUAAGGGAGAAAACCAGGCUUGGGAAAGACAUUUGAAUUUUCAGCUGGAUACAGUGUUGCACGCCUUUAAUCAAGUACUUUGGAAGACAGAGGCAGGCAGAUCUUUGUGAGUCACAGGCCAGCCAGGACUACAUA